AGCACAUAAAAUCGCACUAGAGAAGGAAGCACGUUUGUGUGUGCCUGAGCCACUCUCCUGCGACCAAGAGAGAUGGGGCCGUCUGUGUCGUGAGCACGGAGAUCAGAAGAGGGAAAACAAGGACAAGAAGACAAGCGAGACAGAAGAGGACAUCUGGACAAAUCGGAAGGCAGAAGCCCAGGAGAGGAAAAGAAACCCACAGCAGGUGGAAACAAGAUCCAGAGCAAACCAGUCGGAUCCACAGUUGUUUUCCUUCAAGAGAAGUGGCGGAGGAUCGCCCUUUUCCCCUUCAGUUAAUGAAAAGUACUUUUAUCCUCCUAAAAGAAAAGGCUAAGGGGAGGCAGAAAUCUGUUUCCUUAAGGGGAGAGCUGAGGGAAAUCCAGACUGUCUCUAUUUGAAGCGUCUGAAAUAAGCCUGGUACACAUUGCAGAACCAUCCUGUUUUCCGAAGAGCUACAUCCCUCCCAGGAGCAUUCCAGCCGGAGUCGCUGAACGAGAGAUCUUUCGGAGGUUGAAAUCCUACUGAGAAAGAUGGAAAAAGGAGCCAGGCACCGAACCAACGCCGAAAAGAACCACCCAGAGGGGAGCGAGUCAAAGACUGGGUCCGGAGAGGGCGGAGUAUCCCUGAAGAAGGAGAUUGGAUUGGUCAGUGCUUGCGGUAUCAUUGUAGGGAACAUCAUUGGCUCUGGAAUCUUCGUCUCGCCAAAGGGUGUGCUGGAGAAUGCGGGCUCCGUGGGCCUUGCUCUUAUCGUCUGGAUCGUGACGGGUCUCAUUACAGCUGUGGGAGCCCUUUGCUAUGCUGAGCUUGGAGUCACCAUCCCCAAAUCUGGGGGUGACUACUCCUACGUCAAGGACAUCUUUGGAGGACUGGCUGGGUUCCUGAGGCUAUGGAUUGCUGUGCUGGUGAUUUACCCCACCAACCAAGCUGUCAUCGCCCUCACCUUCUCUAACUACGUGCUACAGCCGUUCUUCCCCACCUGCUUUCCCCCAGAGUUGGGCCUCCGACUCCUGGCUGCCAUCUGCCUAUUGCUCCUCACAUGGGUCAACUGCUCCAGUGUGCGGUGGGCCACCAGGGUUCAAGAUAUUUUCACAGCUGGGAAGCUCCUGGCCCUGGCCCUGAUCAUCAUCAUGGGGGUUGUACAGAUCGGCAAAGGAGAAUACUUCUGGCUGGAGCCAAAGAAUGCAUUUGAGACUUUCCAAGAACCGAGCAUCGGCCUCAUUGCACUGGCUUUCCUUCAGGGCUCCUUUGCCUACGGAGGCUGGAACUUUCUCAAUUACGUGACUGAGGAGCUUGUUGAUCCCUACAAGAACCUUCCCAGAGCCAUCUUCAUCUCCAUCCCACUGGUCACAUUUGUGUAUGUCUUUGCCAAUGUCGCUUAUGUCACUGCAAUGUCCCCCCAGGAGCUGCUGGCGUCAAACGCAGUCGCUGUGACGUUUGGAGAGAAGCUCCUGGGGGUCAUGUCCUGGAUCAUGCCCAUUUCUGUUGCCCUGUCCACAUUUGGAGGAGUCAAUGGGUCUCUCUUCACCUCCUCCCGGCUGUUCUUUGCUGGAGCCAGGGAGGGCCACCUUCCCAGCGUGCUGGCCAUGAUCCACGUGAAGCGCUGCACCCCCAUCCCAGCCUUGCUCUUCACAUGCAUCUCCACCCUGCUGAUGCUGGUCACCGGUGACAUAUACACACUCAUCAACUAUGUGGGUUUCAUCAACUAUCUCUUCUACGGGGUCACAAUUGCUGGACAGAUAGUUCUUCGCUGGAAGAAGCCUGACAUCCCCCGCCCCAUCAAGAUCAGCCUGCUGUUCCCGAUCAUCUACUUGCUGUUCUGGGCCUUCCUGCUGGUCUUCAGCCUGUGGUCGGAGCCCGUAGUGUGUGGCAUUGGCCUGGCCAUCAUGCUGACAGGAGUGCCUGUCUAUUUCCUGGGUGUUUAUUGGCAACACAAGCCCAUCUGUGUCCAUAACUGCAUCAAGUUGAUAACCCUGGUGAGCCAGAAGAUGUGUGUGGUUGUGUACCCCAAUGUCGGAGAGAGCUCGGAGACAGAGAUGAUAAAUGAGAACACGGAGGAGCAGUGGCAGCCCAUCAACCAACCCAUUGCCUCCAAAGACAAGAACUCAGUGAAAUAGCCCCAGCCUUGAGGACCCUCUCAGUUGCCUCCGCCCUCCUUCACCCCCUUUCUGCCCUCCUUCCUUGCCUGGGGCCCCCCAACCCCCCCCACCCCGCUCUGCUUCUGUCAAGCAGGGGCAGGACCUGGGGGUGAGUGGUGAGAAACUAUAAACAAAGACACUGACAUUUGUACCC